GUUGCGUGGGGGUUUACACGGUCUCUUUCCUCUUGCUGUCUCCCAGGAACAACAGCCCAGUUGGACAGACGAUUUACCAUCCUGUCACCUCUCUGGGGUGGGCUCAGCUCCGAACCGUUCCUACAGUGCAGAUGGCAAGGGGACAGAGGGUCACCCCUUGGAAGACAACUGGUUAAAAUUCAGGAGUGAGAACAACUGCUACCUCUAUGGUGUCUUCAAUGGCUACGAUGGCAACCGAGUCACCAACUUUGUGGGUCAGAGGCUCUCUGCGGAAUUGCUGCUGGGACAGCUACAUGCAGAUCACAGCGAUGCUGAUGUGCGUCGAGUUCUUCUGCAGGCUUUUGAUGUUGUGGAAAGAAGUUUCCUGGAGUCCAUUGAUGAUGCCUUGGCAGAGAAGGCCAGUCUGCAGUCCCAGCUACCAGAGGGUGUCCCUCAACACCAGCUGCCUCCUCAGUACCAGAAGAUUGUGGAGAGGUUGAAGGUUGUAGAACAGGAGAUCUCUGGAGGAGCCAUGGCUAUUGUGGCUGUUGUUCUCAACAAUAAGCUCUAUAUUGCCAAUGUGGGUACCAAUCGGGCCCUGUUAUGCAAGUCCACGGUGGAUGGGCUGCAGGUGACUCAGCUCAACGUGGAUCACACGACAGAGAACGAGGAUGAACUUUUUCGCUUCUCCCAGCUGGGCUUGGAUGCAGGGAAAAUAAAACAAGUAGGAACUAUUCGUGGGCAGGAAAGCACUCGGCGCAUUGGAGAUUACAAAGUCAAAUACGGCUAUACUGAUAUUGAACUGCUCAGUGCUGCUAAAUCUAAGCCCAUCAUAGCAGAGCCCGAAAUCCACGGAGGGCACUCACUGGAUGGGGUGACUGGCUUCUUGGUGCUCAUGUCCGAAGGGCUCUACAAAGCGCUGGAGGCAGCUCAUGGGCCUGGGCAGGCCAACCAGGAAAUAGCAGCCAUGAUAGCCACAGAGUUUGCCAAGCAGACGUCGCUGGAUGCAGUGGCACAAGCAGUAGUGGACCGGGUUAAGCGGAUCCACUGCGACACUUUUGCCAGUGGUGGGGAACGCUCCAAGUUCUGUCCCCGGCAUGAAGACAUGACACUGCUUGUGAGGAAUUUUGGGUACCCUCUGGGUGAGAUGAGCCAGCCCAUGCUGACACCAACGCAAGGAGGCCGUGUCUACCCUGUCUCCGUGCCGUAUUCCAGCUCCCAAAGCACAAGCAAGACAAGUGUCACACUGUCUCUUGUCAUGCCUUCCCAAGGCCAGAUGGUCAAUGGUGCCCACAGCAGCUCGACUCUAGAUGAAGCCACGCCCACCCUCACGAACCAAAGCCCAACUGUGACUCUCCAGUCAACUAAUACUCACACGCAGAGUAGCAGCUCGAGUUCAGACGGCGGUCUCUUCCGCUCCCGACCCACCCACUCCCUCCAGCCGGAUGAAGACGGGCGUGUGGAGCCCUACGUGGAUUUUGCAGAAUUUUACCGCCUUUGGAACAUGGACCAUGGCGAGCAGGGAGCACUGACUGUGUCCUAAUGUGGAAAUCUGCCUCCUCCAGGCACCCGGUGCUCAGUCGCGUGAGCAGAGGCUGAGGCCAGACUGAGAGCGCUCC